AAAUGCACUGGGCGGAUGUUGAUUCGGAAGCGCUGUCGGAGCAGUUGUGGCUUCCUCAAAACUAGCUACAUGGCUAAAAACCUCCGAUAAAACAAAAAACUUCGCUUGAGACAGCGGACAAAAAACACAUUCAUAGCUCAAGCUGAACCGUUCAUAACGUAAUGACGUGAAGUCGGUGUCGUCAGUGACCGGUGACGAUUCUUAAUGUCCGCAUCACUUCACACAAGUGUCCGGACUGAGCAGGAUGCUAGCAUGUGUCGUCAGCAAACCACUGCAGGAAAUUAGCUUGUUAGCUUAGAGAGCCAGUGAAGUGUUAUUAUGAGGCUAGAUUUGUCAUCUUUAUGCUGAUACUUAAAAAAGCCUUGUAGAAUGGACACCGAGGCAAUAGUGAUCCGUAUAAAGACACCGUCAGGGGACAUGGACUCGUCCGUCGACUGUCCAUCUCUUCUGAACUUCAAUGACUUAUUGGUCGCCAUCAGAGAUGUCAUGCCUGAAGCCACUGUCACGGCCUUUGAAUAUGAAGAUGAAGUGGGAGACAGGAUCACUGUCAGAAGUGAUGAAGAACUCAAAGCCAUGUUGUCAUAUUACUGCAACACGAUGAAUGAACAACGCAUGAAUGGACUGCUGCCGGACCCUCUCCAGAUUUUUCCACGAGCCGGCAAGACUCCAGGGAUCCGGAACAUACAUGGCCUGAAGGUUAAUACAAGACCCAGCCCAGCCAAUGACUGCACUCACACUGUCCCAGACUCCAUGACCAACAACAGCUUAAAGAAAUCCUCUGCUGAGUUGAAGAGGAUCCUGACAAAUGGGCAGAUAAAUGCCCAGGAUAUCCACUACCAAGAGCAGCUUGGCCAUGGAAACGGAGGCACGGUUUACAAAGCGUACCAUCUUCUUGGCAAGCGUGUUUUAGCUGUCAAGGUCAUUCCCCUGGAUAUCACAGUGGAACUACAGAAACAGAUCAUGUCAGAAUUAGAAAUCCUCUACAAGUGUGAUUCACCCUACAUCAUCACUUUCUUCAGUGCCUUUUUUGUAGAAAACAGGAUAUCCAUAUGCACAGAAUUUAUGGACGGAGGUUCUCUGGACGUGUACAAAAGAAUUCCGGAGCACGUGCUGGGGAGGAUCGCAGUGGCAGUAGUUAAAGGCCUGACAUAUCUUUGGAGCCUGAAGAUACUUCACAGAGAUGUCAAGCCUUCCAAUAUGCUGGUGAACACCCGGGGACAAGUCAAGCUCUGUGACUUUGGUGUCAGCACGCAGUUGGUGAACUCUAUUGCCAAAACAUAUGUGGGGACUAACGCAUACAUGGCGCCAGAAAGGAUAUCAGGAGAACAGUAUGGUAUCCAUGCAGAUGUCUGGAGUGUGGGAAUCUCUUUCAUGGAGUUGGCGCUUGGCAUGUUCCCCUAUCCACAGAUUCAGAAAAACCAAGGAUCUUUAAUGCCUCUUCAGUUACUGCAAUGCAUCGUUGAUGAGGAUCCUCCAGUUCUUCCUGUUGGCCAGUUCAGUGAGAAGUUUGUUCACUUCAUCACUCAGUGUAUGCGUCGACAACCCAAAGAGAGGCCUGCCCCCAAUAACCUCAUGGAUCAUUCCUUCAUCAUACAGUUUAACGACGGUAACGCCGAGGUGGUGUCCAUGUGGGUUUGCUGUUGCCUGGAGGAGAGACGAGCUCAGCAGGCUCAGGGACACGUCUGACGUCCUCCUGCUGAUGAUGGACCUGGAUGUUUGAGCCCAAACCUGGAACAUUAUCAGAGGGUCAAGUACGUCCAUAUGCACUGUACAAGUGACUUCAUAUACAUGGACAAUAAUCACUAGACGUUGAACGUGAGUAAAUCUCACGCGGCAUCGCAUUGAGGAGCUCACAUCCUUUGACGUCUCAAUCUCUGCAUCCAAAAGACGUUCUUUUCUCAUGUGGGACAUCCACAGCUUCGUCCCCACAUAUGCCUGAUGGAGAUAAGUAGUCCUGAGUUUAAGGAUCAGAGACAAUAAGCAUAAGACUGCAAUAAGCUGGCAGCGGAGUCGUGCUCUGUGUUUUGGAUGGUAUCUUAAAGAACCGUCUUGUGCUUUACUAUUGGCAGCCCUCUUGUGAAUGUUAAGGUAUUUGCUGUCAGUAACUGCCCAUGUGUGUGCCUGUUCUUCCAGUGGUGUGAUUUAUUACCUCAGAUAAACUUAGAUUGUCACUGUAAGAGGAAGACUCCCCCCCCCCCCCCCACUCCCAAAAAAAAAAAAUGUUUUGUUCCAUCUCAUUCUUAAAUGCCAUGUUACAGAGUGGAAUUUGACACGCAUCUUUUUAUAUUCUGAAGCUAACCAAACACUUUACUGUUGACAUUCAUCAAGAGGAAUGUUUGUUUCUUUACAUUUCAAACCAGUUUUUAGCAGUUUGACAGACACGCCUGAUGUUGAAUGCCACUGAAUGAACAGUUCCACUUUAUUUUAGCAGCUGUUUGUUUUAGGGCCUGACCGAUACAUAUGUUUUGGUGCCAAUAGAGAUUUUAAGGAGCAAAUUCCAAUAUUAAUACAUCAACGGAUAUUGAAUAAUGCAAUAAUCCCUCAUAUAUGGUUAUUAUAACAAUUGUGAAAAGAGGCAGGAGAUUUGACUGUCUAAAAAUAAUCUUACUGAUGAUAAUAAGCUAUUUGUAUAGCAUGUUUCUAAAUAUGGUUACAGUGCUGUACAGGUCAAAAUAUAAACAGGACACAGUUGAAAAAAGUGGUACCAACAAUCAAGAUACAAUGCGACAGCCCAUCAUAACAUAAUGACAAAACUAAGAUAAAACUUACGUAAAAUAAAGCAAUAUUGUUUUGAAGCCUUCCAACAAAAGUAGGUUUUGAUGAGAGAUUUAAAAAGAAGGAACAGACUUUGCAACUUUACUUGACAUGUAAUCACAACUGAAGCAUCUUUUUGUGCAUUAUGUUCUAUCAUCGGACAACAUAAGCGCCACAACCAGUGUGUCUGUGAUGGGCAGGAAUCAGCUGAUGUGUCCGUCAGGCUCUAUUUUUCUUAGAAACAGAGACCAGAACCACUUCUUCUCCUUAUAAACCAACUCUUCUUCUUUCUCUUUCUUUUUCAUUUGAAGUGAUUACUCACUUUCUCACUUGUAAAUCCUUACUUUAGCAAAACAUGUCAUGUACUAUAGAGAAAUGAUUGCAUUGCCUGAAGAGAUGACUUGAUAUGCAGUGCAGUAGAGAGAGAACAGUGCACCAAAGACCACUGACGACCCACAUGGUGAAUGUUAUGGAUUCCUCAUGUCUGAGGCAAACCUAACAGCCGAGGUGACUCGUAUGAGGUGCUUUGACGAGGUCUUAUUGUGCAGCUGUUGAAAUGUGGAGAGCUCAAGUGCAAUUAAAUUCCACAACUUCCACAAGGCACAGUGAACGCAGCCUACAGUGACAUGAUGUGUAGUGUGUGUGAGCGUCGCUUGAAAGGAAUGUAAAGCAGUUCAUCAGCGCAACAGAGGAGGAGUUUCAUCAGUACUGCUCAGUGUGCUUUUGUCCUCUGUAACAGUGAGGAGACACGUGGGCGCUGGACUUUAAUUUGACUGUAAAUCAUCCAAAACUGAGAUCACAUUAGUUGUUAGUAGAACAAUCAAACAUCAAAGUGGGUGAUUCAUGUAGCGUUGACCUUAACUCCAGACAGGAAAUGGAAGAAACACUGUACGUGUGGGGAAAUCACCAGCUGUGUCCAGGCUCCAUACUGCUAACACUAACCAUGUUUUGAGCAUGUAGUGCAGAUAUACAAAUUUAUUAUGCUAUUAUUGAAAUGCAAAUAUGCAGAUUUCAAUCUGGUUUUAAAUGUUAGUUUUGUGGUGUUUAUGAACACAAUGUAAUGUGAGGAAAACUUCAUGAACUGGUUGGUUCCAGAAACACCUGCAAACUAAAAACUUUUUCUGAACUGGACAGACCAUUAGAUGCUAAUUAGAUGCUAAGUGUUGGUCAAAUCGAGGACGGUGAGUAAUUUUGUCAGACUACUUUUCUCCAAAGUGAAAAAUUAACAUUGACUCUAUGGACAAACAUUUUGCUUUUUGUUGAAAAAGAAAUACAAAUUAUUAAGUAAAAAAAAUAAAAAAACAUUUACCAUGCGAGUUAAGUACUGGUCGUAUCAGUAAAGUCUGUAUGGUGGAGUUUGGACACAGCACUCUGACCUGAGCUAACUGCUCCUUAUUGCGAUGUGAUUGACAAUGUGGAGGGGAGGCCUCUCACAGCGCCCUCUACUGGUAGUGCUCAGAGCUCAUCAUAACAGAAAUCCUCAUUGAUUUUGAGGUGAACUGCAGUAAAUAGAUUUUUAUGGACUCGUUUUCCAUAUCCAACAGUUCAUUAUCGUCAUAAUAAGUUCAAGGAGUCACGUGAUCUGCACGACCAGCAGAGGCGCUAUAGGCCCCGACACACCACGUCAACGGUCAUACAAUUUCAGCAGCGAGGCUUGUCAGUGGGAGAGAUCGCUGUGAUUGGCUGUUCAGCUGAGCAAAUCAAUGAGUGAGAAGAGGAAAGGAAAAGCCCUCGAGCCUGUCACCAUAGUAAUAGUUUCUCCCCAUUCUUCGCCUUUGCCUCUUUGCCAGCACCAUCUUCAACUUCCUAUCAGACACAUUCUCGAUUAGAAGUGGCUUUAUUACAGAGAGUGCUGUGACAAGACGCUGCUUCAUCAUACCUAUCAAGAGUCUUCCGGUUUCCUUUUUUGAACGACUACAGACGGGCGGCACCUGCAGAGAGUUAUACACAGCAGCAGAACGCACAAGUUAGCUGACCGUCGGCUGUAGUCUUUGUGGUGUGUUUGAGUGCAACAUGAGGUGAUGCAACAGUCCGUCUUGGUUGCUGCAAGCUCUUUAAUGCCAAUUUUGUGUGUCUGGGCCUGUUGUGUCAUGGUCCCUCCCAUGUUAACACAUUUCAUAGGUGCCAUUAUUUGCCUCAGAAACCCAAAAUGAGGCAAAUACUUUUUUAUUUUUUAUUUUAUGUACAUAGAUAUACUUUUACCAUAACUUUCUGAUGGAUGUCUGCAGGAUGCCGUUCAUUUCCAUGAAAAAAAUGCUUUAAUUGAUGAGGCUCAAAAAAUGAAGAUGUCAACAGGGAUUUUCCAACACUGGCACAAUAAAUAGACUAUAUACUCUGCAUUAUACCACAUAUAUUGUCAAUUAUAUUCACUUUGGGGAAGUUUGAACUGUUAAUACAUCUGCGAGACAUCCAUCUUACGGUGAGUUGACCUUAUUUUACUAAAGCUAUAAAUACUUAAAGUCUGGUUUAACUAGUAAUUAAGUGUUGAAAGGAGUGUGUGGUGGUCACUGGCUGCUGAUGAACUCUGAAAAUGUUUUCUUACAACUGAAACAAAACAUGAAAAGGAAAAAAAAAAAAAAAGUUUCAUAUUCCUGAUCAAAUGAGCUUCAAGGUCCAAAAGCUCGGACACAUCUUUUGUGUUUUGGUGUGAUGAACUCAUUGACUGUGAUUUUUUUUUUUUUUCCUGCAGUUUUAGAUAUUUAUUAUUUUUUUACUUUGCAGCCUGCUCACACCAGAGAAUCAGAGAUGAGACUCUUGCCUGUUGUUCAUUCCUGUUUUUGCCUAAACCACACAGCAUCAAGUCAGUGAUGAGACGCAGCAGAAAUAGUAUUGCUGUGAUGUUACUGGCUGAUUGUGGCCUUCUCUGUAAUUAUCUGUGUUGGCACAUAUUCCAACCGUAAUGCACAAAUAAUAAUAAAACGUUUUUAAACAUGA